UGUUAAUUGCCUGUCCCUUCUCCUUCCUUGCAAACAACUAAUGCCGCCUCACAAAAAGCUUGAGAGAAACACAGAGAAGUUCACCGCCGCGAGCAGCACCGGCAGUCAGCCACCAUCUCCAAGGGUUUGAGCGAAUUGGGCAACACUUGUCUCCUCUACUUGUCAAGCGCGUGAUAUUUUCUACUAGUAGUUUACCUACAGCCUACACCACUCCUCUCUGCUACAAUGGAGAUCCAGAGUUCCCGCCACACUACUGCUGAUUUUAUGCUGCUUUCUUUGCUGGUGGAUGCUGCCAUUCUUGCUCACCAAUCUCUUCUUUUACUGAUUUUUCAGGUUGGAUCUUUGCGUGAUGAUCGUGAUGCAUUUCAAGAUUCAGUGAGAACAGAUCAGAGGUUUCCAAUGUCCGAACUUAAUAAAGGGAAAGAGCCUGAUGCUGAAAACAACGAUGCAGGUGAACCAGAGGAUGACGACUCUGAUGAUGAUGAAGAUGUCGACGAUGAGGACAGUGACGAUAAUGAUGAGGAUGACGGUAAUGAUUCAGAAGAAGAUAGUGAUGAUGACGAAGAAGAUUCUGAUGAUGAGGUUGAGGCUAAUGGCAAUGGAGAAAACGAUGAUGAAGAUGAUGACGAAGAUGAUGAUGGUGAUGAUGAUGAUGAAGACGAUGAUGAUGAGGAGGAUGAGGAUGACGAGGAUGACGAGGAGCUUAACAAGUUGCCUUCAGAAAGAAAGAAAGUAAAAUAAAAUGUUUCAAUAUGUUUUAGACUGUUUCUUUAGAAACUUGGGGCAGGUCGGAAAAUAUUACUGUUAUAACAACAUUAUUUGUUAAGACAAAACCGUCGAAUUUCCUUUUAUAAAGAUGGAAAGCGUCUUCCGAUUGUCAAUUGAA